CCAUAAAGGGGGUGUAUGCUGGGAAGACUCCCUGCUUCCUGCUUCAGAGACAGACAAGGAAACGUCCCAUCAGCAGCAGCAGGACCUUCCACCGUUUUCUCAGCAGAUUCAAUCCAUGUUUACACUAUGCUGCAUUUGAGUAAGGGGGAUUUCGUGUGGGUGGACUCCGGCGGCGGGGUGCCGAUCGGGGCCCAGGUCAAGGUGACACCCACUGGACAGCUUCAGCUGAUCGACGAUGAAGGAAAGGAGCACAAGAUCAACAAGAAGACAGAGGGCACCAUCCGGCCCAUGCACCCAACCUCCGUGGAGGGAGUGGAUGACAUGAUAAGGCUGGGUGAUCUCAACGAGGCAGGGCUGCUCAGGAACCUUCUGGUCCGGCACAAAGAAGGCAUCAUAUAUACAUACACAGGCUCCAUUCUGGUUGCGGUCAACCCUUACCAGCUGCUGCCCCUCUACACCACCGAGCACGUGCACAUGUACACGGACCGACGGCUGGGUGAACUGCCGCCGCACGUCUUCGCCAUCGCAGACGCCUGUUUUUUCAACAUGCGGCGCAACAAGAAGAACCAGUGCUGCGUCAUCAGUGGGGAGUCUGGAGCAGGGAAAACUGAGAACACCAAGCUCAUGCUGCAGUUCCUGGCUGCAGUGAGCGGCCAGCACUCCUGGAUCGAGCAGCAGAUUCUGGAAGCGAACCCCAUCCUGGAGGCCUUUGGUAAUGCCAAAACAAUCCGAAAUGACAACUCCAGUCGUUUUGGGAAGUACAUUGACAUCCACUUCACCAAGGGCGGGGCCAUCGAAGGGGCCCGAGUUGAACAAUACCUGCUUGAGAAGUCCAGAGUCUGUCGUCAGGCGCCUGAGGAAAGAAACUACCACAUCUUUUACUACAUGCUGAUGGGCAUGUCAGCUGAGCAGAAAAAGAUUCUUUCUCUCGGAAGCGCUGCAGAGUACUACUACCUGACCAUGGGUAACUGCACCAGCUGUGAAGGACGUGACGAUGUGAAGGAAUACGCUCACUUCCGUUCAGCUCUGAAGGUCCUCAUGUUCACAGAGAAUGACUCCUGGGAAAUCUCCAAACUGCUCGCUGCCAUCCUUCACCUGGGCAAUGUGAAGUUUGAGGGCACCAUCGUUAAUAACCUAGAGGCCUGCGACAUCAUCACAUCAGACCAUUUCAACAUGGUCAGCCAGCUGUUGGAGGUGGCUCCCAAAGAGCUGGAGAAGUGUCUGACUCAGCGCUCCUUCAUGACUGCCAGAGAGAGUGUGACCAAAGUCCUGACCUCUGCCCAGGCUGUGGACGGCAGGGACGCCUUCGUCAAAGCAAUUUAUGGAAAACUUUUCCUUUGGGUCGUGGACAAAAUCAACGCUGCCAUUUACAAGACAUCAGAGGAUUCUGAAGAGGUCAAACAGUCGAUUGGCUUGCUUGACAUCUUUGGCUUUGAGAACUUCAGCAAGAACAGCUUCGAGCAGCUGUGCAUCAACUUCGCCAACGAGCAGCUCCAGCAGUUCUUCGUCAAGCACGUUUUCAAGCUGGAGCAGGAUGAGUAUGCUCGUGAAAACAUUGUUUGGGAGUACAUCAACUACCAGGACAACCAGCGCACCCUGGACGUGUUGGCCAGCAAACCAAUGAACAUGCUGGCGCUCAUUGACGAGGAGAGCAACUUCCCAAAGGGCACAGAUACCACCAUGCUCCAAAAAAUGAAUACUGUCCAUGGAAAAGGGGGCAUCUAUAUUCCCCCCAAGAACAACUAUGAGACAGAGUUUGGAAUCCAGCACUUUGCUGGCGUGGUCAACUAUGAUUCAAAAGGUUUCCUUGAGAAAAACCGUGACACCCUCAGCACAGAUCUGAUUCAGCUGGUGGAGUCGUCCACCAAUAAACUCCUCAAACUGGCGUUUCAGAAGGAGCUGUCCACCGGCACGAACAAGGACAGCGUCAACCCCAGGAUGGUGAUCACGGCGGCCACCAGCAGCCUCCGGCAAGCGACAGAUGCGAAGAAGCGCGUGCCGACUCUGACCGGCCAGUUCCGUCAGUCCCUGGAUUCCCUGAUGAAAACACUGACUGCUUGCCAGCCGUAUUUCAUACGCUGCAUCAAACCCAAUGACUUCAAGAAGCCCAUGCUGUUUGACAGAGAUCUGUGCAUGCGUCAGCUCCGAUACUCUGGCAUGAUGGAGACCAUCAGGAUCCGUAAGGCUGGAUAUCCUGUGCGCUACACGUUCGACGAGUUUCUGCAGCGCUACCGCGUCCUUCUGAAAACCUACAUCUGCGAUCCCAAAAAAGAAAGUAAACAGAAAUGCUGUGAAAGCAUUUGUGAAAGUGUGAUGACCAACGAGGAUGACUGGAAGACUGGCAAGACGAAGAUAUUCCUCAAGGACUCUCAUGACACCACGCUGGAAGUGGAGCGAAUGAAGGAACUAAACCUGAAAGCACUUUUAAUCCAGAAAGUCAUGAGAGGCUACAAAUACAGGAAACAAUUCCUGAGGAAACGGGCCGGCGCUCUUGUAAUUCAGAAAUACUGGAGAGGACACAAAGGAAGAAAGCUGUACAGACUGGUCAAGCACGGCUUUGCGAGGCUGCAGGCGCAGAUCCGUUCUCGCCAACUCCACUUCCAGUAUAAGAAGAAGCGGGAGGCCGCCAUCAUGUUGCAGGCUCAGAUCAGAGGAUACCUGGCCAGGAAGCAGUGGAAGCGCAAGAGAGACGCUGUGAUCCUCCUGCAGGCGUAUACCAGGGGUCUGCUGGCGAGGAAGAUGAGGAGAGCUAUGCGCCUCUCUGCUAAACAGAGAGCAGAAGAACAGCGGGCCAUUCUGGAGAAACAAAAACACCUGGAGGAAGUGCUGCGGCAAAAGAGAGAGUUGGAGAACAAAGCUAAUGCUGAAUCCAUCACAGACCAGGAGAUGGUGGACAGCAUCUUUGACUUCCUCCCCCCUAUUGUGGUUGGAGGGCAGGAGGGGCAGGCACCCGUGGGAUUCGAGAAUUUGGAAAAGAAGAGGAUGAUUACCGAGGAGAUAGACAUUGACGACAUCUCCCUAGACGAAGAACCCCCCGAGGAUGAUUUCGAUGACCUGGAUGAGUACGCCUUCUCCAAAUUUGCCUCCAUGUACUUCCAGGGUGCAGCCAGCCCGACCCACAUCCGCCAGAGGCUUCAGCAGCCGCUGCUUUACCAUGAAGACGCAGCAGAUGUCCUGGCCUCGCUGACAGUGUGGUGGAUCAUCCUGAGGUUCAUGGGAGACCUUCCUGAGCCAAAGAAGCAGGUCCAGGCUCAGAGAACCGCCAGGCAGGAACGCUUCAUCCCACAGGAACUGAUUUUGAGAAAGGACAGACGUCUCAGCCACAUGGUCGGCCUGGAUCAGAGGGUGCUGAGGAAUAAAAAAGAAACAGGGCCUGCACCAGUGCCCGAGGAGCCAACACAAAACAGAAAGAGCUCCAUGUUCACGGACCUUCUGACAAGAAGGAAGGCGUCAGCUAUGCCCAGCGACACCGCUCAAAACCCGAAGGUCUACACUGUGCCAGAGAAGAACCAGGGGCGGAAGGGAUCCACAUUCACUGACCUGCUGUCCAGAAACAAAAGAGGAUCAACUGUUCAAGAAGUCCCAAGAUCCGCUUCCAGCUUCAGGAAACCCUCGAUCAUCAUGGAGGAGUCAGAUGAUCUGACUGAAGUGGCCAAGCCUCCCACCCUGCAGACCGUGAGUGAGGACGACAGCACCAUGAACGAUGAAGGUCCCUCGCUGGACCGUCCACUGACGUCACUCGAAAAACUCCACAUCAUCGUGGGAUACGCCAUCGUCAGACGUGACCUCAGAGAUGAGAUUUACUGUCAGAUCUGCAAGCAGCUUCAGGACAACAGCAAUCGUAACAGCUACUUCCGUGGCUGGAUCCUGCUGUCCCUCUGUCUGGGCAUUUUCCCUCCCAGUGAGCGUUUUAUAAAGUACCUGCAAAGUUUCAUCCGUUUCGCUCCAGGAGGCUACGCUUCCUACUGCGCUGAAAGGCUGAAACGCACAGGACUGAACGGAGUGCGAGGAGAGCCUCCAGCCUGGCUGGAGCUGCAGGCAACCAAGACCAAGAAGCCCAUGAUUGUGUCUGUGACGCUGAUGGAUGGACGCACCAUUAACCUUCCUGUUGACUCCGCAUCGACCUCCAGAGAGAUCUGCCAGAUCCUCGCCAACAAAAUCAAACUCAACGACACUUUUGGCUUUUCUCUCUAUGUCGCCUUGUAUGAAAAGGUGUGGGCUCUGGGCAGCGGGCGGGAGCACGUGAUGGACGCCAUCUCCCAGUGUGAGCAGGAAGUGAAGAGGAAAGGAGGUCAGGAACAGCACGCUCCGUGGCGCCUCUUCUUCCGCAAGGAGGUCUUCACCCCCUGGCAUGACAGCAAGGAGGACAAGAUCAGCACCGAACUCAUCUACAAACAGAUCAUCCACGGUCUGAAGUUUGGAGAGUACCAGUGUCAAAAGGAGGACGAUUAUGUUCAGCUUGCUGCGAAGCAUUUAUACAUCCAGCACGGCUCAGGAAGCAGUCCAGAACACGUGAAGGAAGUUGUUCAGGAAUGCAUCAACACGUCUCUGCUGGAGUCCAAGUCAGAGGCCAAAUGGGUCCAAAUGGUCAGCACCGCUCACGCUGAGGGGUCAUAUUUGAGCUCUGGACAAAAGGCAGACGCAGUGAAGGCAGAGAUGGUCGACUACGCCCGGGAGAAGUGGCCCAUGUUCUUCUCCAGGUUCUUUGAAGUUGUCAAGCUGUCAGGUCCUGCGCUGUCAAAGAGCAAGUUCAUUGUGGCCAUAAACUGGACUGGUAUCACCUUCCUGGACGAGAGAGAGAAGAGGCUGGUGGAGCUCUCCUUCCCUGAAGUGACCGGAGUCAACACCAUCAGGGAGGGCAAAGCGUCGGGUCAGGCGGUGAGCCUGCUGACUCUGAAAGGAGACUUCACCCUGGCAGGAAACACAGCUGAGGACAUGGCGGAGCUGGUUACGAUGUUCCUCAGUGGACUGACAGAGAGAUCUCGGUAUGCUGUGACCCUGAAGGAAUCCGAUAGGCAAGAUGACCCCACAUUCCUGAGCUUCAAGAAGGGAGAGCUCAUCAUAAUAAUCAAAGACGAUGAGUUUUCUCAGAAACACGGCUGGAUGAAGGGCGAAAACGUGCGAACAAAAAAAGUAGGAGCCGUCCCCGCUGACGACAUCGUGAUCCUGCCGACGCUCAGCAAGCCCACCAGUGAGGUCAUGAGCCUCAUCAACUUGUCUCCAACCCAGAGGACGAACAUCAUACAGGCAAACCAAAAGGGAACAGUGGAGAGAGUCGCUCUUGCCACUCUCAAGGAAUUCUCCCUCCAGUACUUCAGGCAGCCCACGAAGGAUGUGAACCGCCAGGUGAUAUCCAGGAACGCUGCUCCAGAGAGGCUGUGGGUCAACUCCAGAGAGCCAAUCAGACAGCCCCUCCUUCAGAAACUGGUGGGCAACCCGGACCUCAGCCACAAAGCCAGUCUGGCCUUCACUGCGAUCCUGAAGUAUAUGGGAGAUUACCCCGCCAAGCAGAUGCAGAGUCCUCUGGAGCUCACCGACCAGAUCUUCGGUCCCGCCACCAAACACGAGGCGCUCCGGGACGAGAUCUACUGUCAGAUCAUGAAGCAGAUGACCAACAACAACAACCGGCUCAGCAUGGAGCAGGGCUGGCAGCUGCUGUGGCUCUGCUGCGGCCUGUUUCCUCCCAGCCAGUCUCUUCUGAGGCACACCCAGCGCUUUCUGGAGUCGCGGCGCAGAGAGCCCCUCUCCGCCGACUGUCUGCAGCGGCUGCAGAGCUCAGUGAGGAUGGAGCCCAGGAAGCUCCCACCGCACCAGGUCGAAGUCGAUGCCAUCCAGCAGAACAGCACACAGAUCUUACACAAAAUCCACUUCCCCAACGACACAGAGGAGAUAUUUGAGGUCAUGACAAGCACCAGGAUCAAGGACCUCAUCCUGAACAUCGCCAGAAAGCUCGGUCUGACCACCGCAGACGGCUUCAGCAUUUUUGUCAAAACACACGACAAGGUCCUCAGUUUGAACGAGACAGACUACUUCUUUGACAGUCUGAGACAAAUCACUGACUGGUCCAAGAAAGCCAAUCGGAUCAAAGACGGUGGCCCAGUCAACGUACCCUAUCUUGUGUUCUUCAUGAGGAAGUUGUGGUUCAAUGUGAUCCCUGGCAGAGACACAGAGGCCGAUCUUAUCUUCCAUUACCCUCAGGAGCUACCUAAGUACCAGAGAGGCUACCAUGUCUGCACCAAAGAGGAAAUGAUCAACAUUGCAGCUCUGCUCUUCAGGAUAAAGGUCAGCAAUGACAAGAGCCAGCUCGUCAUGAUCCCCAAGAUGCUGAAGGAGCUGGUGCCCGCAGACCAACUGAAGGCCAUGUCCGAAAACGAGUGGAAGAAGACUAUCACCGCCUCUUAUAACAAACAAGGUGCCAUGACUGUGGACGAAGCCAAGGUGGCCUUUCUGAAGGCAGUGUACCGCUGGCCGACGUUCGGCUGUGCGUUCUUUGAAGUGAAGCAAACAUCGGAACUAAAUUUCCCAGAUAUUGUGCGCAUAGCCAUCAGCAAGCAAGGAGUCACCAUCAUCCACCCAAAAACCAAGGACGUGCUGGCGACUCACCCGUUCAACCGCAUUGCAAGCUGGUGCAGUGGUAGCACCUACUUUCACAUGACUAUCGGUAGUUUAGUCAAGGGGAACAAAUUCCUGUGUGAAACUUCACUGGGCUACAAGAUGGAUGAUCUUAUAACCUCCUACGUCAACUUGUUCCUCCGAGAGAGGAAGGCGGGCCAAACCAAGAACCAGCGCUUCGACAUGUGAGCCUGAAGCAGCGCGAGUGUGACGCAUCUGCAGAUCUAAACCAACACACUCAACAUGUAGUUUAUACGCGCCAACACAUAGAAGCAGAGCGGGAGCAGUUUCUUCUUGCUUUUAAAAGUGUAAUCAACUUUAUUUCGCUCUGUGAGAACAUUUGAUUUUAUUGCAUGAAAGAAAGUUGUUGUAGAUUUCUCACGUUUUAUUUAAAGCUGUUUCUUUGACAUGUAAGUGAGAAACUCGUGUUCUGGGUAAAAAAAAAAAUAGAGUGCAGAUCAUUCCAGAGUCCUUAAUUUAUGGAGAAAGAUGCUUGUAUACAUGGUAAAUUAUCCAUGAAUAAAAACCAGAAUUAACCAAAUAACACUCUUAAUCCUUCAAUACCACCCAAGUUUCAAUAAAAGCAAAUGAAAGUCACACAUAGAUACAAGGCAACUUGAAUAGAUGCCAGUAUUCUUCUUAUUUCAGGCUUCAAACUCUUUAAUCUGAUAACAGUUUCUUUAAAAUACUUACUGUGUUCAUAAAAUGUCUUAAAAUCUGUUGCAUGAAUUUACAAGAUCAGUUUCUUUGUCUUUGGAGUUUUGAGACUCCGAUUCAAGAACGCAUGUUGUAUUCAGGUGAUAAUCCGACUCGUCCGGCCUCGCAGCGCUCUUACAUUACCAUGUAGGAAAAACUUUUUUAUUUCCCUCCAGAAGUAUUUUAUCCAACCUAUUGACAAACCUACAUGUUCUUUUGACAUGUAGAGACGCAGGAAGCAUCGUUUUACAUAUUUAUUCAAGUUUGUUUUUAUUUGAAAUACAAAGUUGUCACUGCUGUUGACAGUGUUUUCUCUCCAUUUUACCGCGCCUGUCUUAUAAACAUUCAGGACGCCCUGCGAAGUGUCCUUGAACACAACACACAUGGCCUGGCAUGUGAUGAAUGCACUCCCUCCCUCAUAAAACACUUGAAAAUCCUUUGUGAAGGUGAAAAGUUUGAAAUCAUCCAUGUUUGUUAGCUUGUAUCCUCAUCCGGCUUAAUUAGCACAUAGCUAAGCUUCUGUGCCUGUUUCUCCAUGUCUGGAAUAGGAUGAAACCAGAAACGAGAUGUGAAUUUUGUCACUAAAAAUGAUUGUUGGCUGGCACACAUGCAGUCGUACAGAUAAAACUGGGACCCACAAGUCAAAACAUUGUGCCAGUGUUGGCCAAAACCUCCACAGGGCUCCUUUCAAUCACUCCACAAUAUCUGAAGUGCCUAAAGUGUUUACAAAAAAACAUUUAUUGUUUAGGAAUAAUUUAAUUUUCUUCUAAAACUGUCCAAUAAAUCAUAUUUGAAAGCCUGU